UUUCGUCAGCUGUGCUUAUUUUGCUGAUAAAUGUUUUUAAAGUCAGUUGUGUUGCUGAGAAACGUGGGAACAAUCCGCCUUUAUUUUCGCUAACCUGUUGUAUCAUCUUUCUGUGUAACCCGAUCCGCCGCUAACUACCCCGGGUUAUCGCGGAGUGCCAUUCGAGGUUGAGGUGCCUCUUCUCGGCAGAGUGCAGCACAUCGAGUCGGCAGCAGCUGACUGGAUAACAAACUUCUGCACCUCUCAAGUUUGUUCGGUUGGGAUAAAAAGAAAAAAAAUGUAAUGUCACAUGUGUUGUGUUUGCCUAUGUAUUAGCGGUUAAGCAACUAAAUGAUCCGCGGUGCAAAUUCCCUCUGAAGACACCAGAAACAAGCGCGGAUUUGCGGUCGAUAGCAGCGAAUAAGACGAUAAGUCUCAAACACACUCAGAUGUAUUAAAUCUGUACCCGGAUCAAUUGGAAAAUGAGUUAUCGUGGAGAGCAGAAAGCCACGGACCCUGCGACAGCUACAGGAGAUUAUCAGUGAAAGUGCCCCCGCUGGUGAGCGCCCAAUCCUCCAGCUCCCUGCCCGUGUUUGGAAGCCCGAGCUCGGCUGCAGUGUGACUGAACUCCCGGAGCUCGGAGCUUCGCUUCACCGGACACUUUAGUGCGCAGUCAGCCGGUACUGCUGAUUCCCACAGAGAGAGCUUGAGCAGCGGAGCACAAGCGGACGCUGAUUGUGCUGACUUUGCCAUUUUUAAGUACAUCUCCAGUCUGGUGAAACUGGGAAUCUCCGCGGUCCGUGUGGAGCGACCCGCUGAAGGGAGCCUGCAGAAGAUGCGUAACCGGUCCGCAGGGAGUGGAAGCCGGGGUCUGCCUCUCCUUCUUCUGCUUCUUCUGUGUAGCGGCUGCCACAUGUUGCAUGGUCAAGAGGUGGCUCCCUACCUGCGAGGAGGCGGACAGGCGCAGCAGGUGGUUUUGGAGGGUAACAGACUGGUGCUGACCUGCCUUGCAGGAGGCAGCUGGCCUCUGCAAUACUGUUGGACACUGAACAACAGCAGCACCGACUGGUCACCACAAUACAUGCUGUCAAUCGCUUCUCUGAGCAGAUCUGACGCUGGUCUUUAUCAGUGUGUCGUGAGGAACAGGAUGGGAGCAGUCAUACACAGGAGAACGGAGGUGCAGGUGGCUUUUUUGGGGAGUUUUUCAUCCGAGGAGCAGAGGAAGACUGUGACUCAGGGCCGAGCUGCCAUCAUCAGCCUGCCCCCACUCAUGUCCUUUCCCCAACCGGUAGUCACGUGGUACAAAGACGGACACAAGAUCAUCCCCGACAACCGAAUAGCAAUCAGCUUGGACAAUCAGCUUGUCAUCUUGGGAGCCACAGCAACGGAUGCAGGACGUUACCAUGUAGAGGCGGUGAAUGAGAUGACAGGAGGGAAUGUGACAAGUCCUGCCAUCUACCUGAGCAUCUCCGUUGGCAAGAAGAACCGCGGGUCAACAGAUCCCAACUCUGAGCUUGUGGCUCCAGCAAUUGUGAUUGGACCAAAAGACGCAACGGUGGUGGCAGGAAGUGAAGCUACGUUGGAGUGUAUUGCAAAUGCCAGACCGGUGGACAACCUUGUGGUGUCAUGGAAACGCAAUGGGCGCCAUUUGUCAAAUGGGCGUCGCCUCAUUAUUCCUUCCCCCGCCACUUCUGACACAGGGUUAUAUGUUUGUGAAGCGUCGCUUAGCAACAGCACUGCCAAACCUGUGGAGGCGAGGGUACACCUCACUGUAAUGGAGCCGCCCUCUAUUUCUGUUGAGCCAAAGAGUAAGAUUUUUGCAGAACUUGACAGGAACAUAGAUAUCCCCUGUCUGGCUACAGGCAUGCCCCAGCCCAGGGUAGAGUGGUAUAAGGAUGCAGUGCCUCUUUCCAAACUGGCCAACCCUCGAUAUAAAGUCAGUGCUGCAGCUGGGCUGACGGUGCGCAGGGUUCAGCCUGCUGACGGAGGAAUAUUCCAGUGCUUUGCUCGCAACGCUGCUGGAGAGACCCAGACGUACACACAGCUCAUUAUUUCCAGUGUGGCCCCCACGUUUAUGUUCCCGCCGUCUGACCAAACGGUAACGGAUGGAAACACAGCUUUGUUUACCUGCCAGGCAAGUGGAGCUACAAAACCUGCCAUUACCUGGAGGAAAGGAUCACAGGUUUUAGCUAGCGGCUCUGUGCGGAUUCCCAAGUUCACGUUGCUGCAGUCGGGGGAUCUGCAGGUUCAGCCAGUCAGCUUGCAGGAUUCUGGGGAGUACACCUGCACUGUCUCUAACUCAGAAGGCGCCAUCAAUGCCACGGCUAUGCUCACUGUGUGGAGUCGUACUGUCAUAUCUGUGCCUCCAUCAGACCAGCGUGUGAUUAAAGGAACCACUGCUGUUCUGGACUGUAAUGCUACACACGACUCCAGAGUAACUAUCAGCUUUAAGUGGGAUCGCGGUGGUGUGCCAGUACUUCCUUCUAGUGGGGGGCGUGUCUCCUUGCAUCUGGGCUCCCUCACUAUUGGCCAGACCUGGUCAGGUGAUAUUGGCGACUACACCUGCACUGUGACAUCAAAGGCUGGCAAUGAUUCUCGCUCUGCUCGUCUCGAAGUCAUUGAGCUGCCACACUCCCCUCGCUCCCUGACGGCUCGGCUCAAUGACUCAGAUUCCCGUUCCGUACUCCUGUCCUGGCUGCGUCCCUUUGAUGGGAACUCUCCGCUGCUGCACUACCUGCUGGAGCUCUCUGAGAACAACUCGCCAUGGAAGGUCUACCUGUCAGAACUCAAUCCUGCUCUUACCAAGGUAUCCGUAGGAGGGCUCACACCAGCCAGAACCUAUCAGUUCAGACUGUGCGCUGUCAAUCAAGUGGGCCGGGGCCAGUACAGCGCAGAGACGCAGAGAUUGAUGCUGAGGGAGGAGGCACCCAGCGCACCGCCAAAAAAUAUUGUGGCCAGUGGGCGGACAAACCAGUCCAUCAUGGUGCAGUGGCAGCCUCCACCUGAACCCCAGCUGAACGGAGUCCUACGAGGAUAUGUACUCAGAUACCGUCUGGCCGGGCUUCCAGGAGACUACCAAGAGAAGAACAUCAGCAGUCCAGAGACCAACUACUGCCUGCUGAAGGAUCUGAUCAUCUGGACACAGUACCAGAUCCAGGUGGCUGCCUACACUGGAGCCGGCCUGGGCGUCUACAGCAGCCCUGUCACAGAGUACACGCUGCAGGGAGUUCCGACAGCACCUCCGCAGGAGGUGGAGAUUGUGGCUGUCAACUCGACCACCAUCCGCUUCACAUGGAAUCCUCCACCGCAGCAGUUCAUAAACGGCAUUAACCAGGGAUACAAGUUGCUGGUCUGGCCUGAGCAAUCCGCAGAAGAUGUUACCAUAGUAACAAUUACUCCAGACUACCCAGGUUCACGUCACACAGGAUUGGUCAGUGGUCUCAGGAAGUUUACCUGGUACUUUGGCUCCACCCUCUGCUUCACCACACCUGGUGAUGGCCCUCGCAGCCCGCCCACUCUGGUGCAGACACACGAGGACACUCCAGGACCUGUUAGACACCUGAGCUUCACCGAAAUCUUGGAUACCUCAAUCAGAGUCAGCUGGGUGGAGCCAGAGGAGAAGAAUGGCAUCGUCACCGGUUACGUGUUGUUGUGGGAAGUCUCCGGUGUACAGUCGAGCUGUGAGGAGCGUUUUCUGUCCAACUCCACUCUGCAGUACCAGCUGACCGGCCUCACCUCUACCACCAUGUACACACUACAGGUUGCAGCAGUGACUGGCGCGGGGCGAGGCGUGGUCACGUACUCCAACAUCUCCACCGGAGUGCCACCAGAACUGCCCGGUGCACCGUCAAACUUGAUCAUCUCCAACAUCAGCCCGCGGACUGCUACCUUGAAGUUCCAGCGCGGUGCUGACGGAAAGACUGCCAUAUCACAGUGGAUCGUGGAAGGGCAGGUAGCGAAGGAGGACGGAGGGGAGGAAGCGUGGAGAGUUCUCUACCGAAAAGACAACCAGCCGGAUGCAGACGCACUUGAGAUCCCCAAUCUCACUCCGUUCACCAAAUACAGGUUCCGGAUGCAACAGGUCAACAUCGUGGGGUCUAGUCCCCUGAGUGCCCCCUCCAGAAUCAUUCAAACCUUACAGGCAGCCCCUGACACACACCCCUCCAGCCUCACCCUGGUGUCUACCACACAGACCAGCGUCCGCUUCCAGUGGAAGCCUCUCCUUGAAUCCCAGUACAACAGCAGUCCAGACAAUGUGGGGUAUCGAUUACGUCUGUGGAGGACACAUCGUCCGGAAGAGUACAGGACCCAGGAGGUGGAGGGAGUAGGGCAGGUGGCAAGAAAGAUCAGUGAGGCCACUGUAGAGGAUCUGGAUCCCUGGACGCAGUACCAAGUUCAGAUACAGGCCUACAAUUCCAUUGGAGCAGGACCAUGGAGCAGUGCUGUCCCUGCACACACCACAGAAUCUGUGCCAUCUGGAGCUCCAGUGAAUGUGACUGCUGAGGCAGUGAGUUCCACCAGGAUCCUGCUCACAUGGUCUCCGAUCCCUCAGGCACAAAAGAAUGGAGUCAUACUUGGAUAUAAGAUCUUAUACAGUGAGAAAGACUCAGUGGCGCCACCCAGUGUUGAAGUAAAAGAAGGAGAGGGGAGUACGUUGCUUGUCAUUGGUGUGCUACAAAAGUACGCAGUGUACGUGCUGCAGGUCCUGGCGUACACACAGAUGGGUGACGGCCCACCCAGCACGCCCAUACAACUGAGGACUAAAGAGGAUGUUCCUGGCCCUCCUGUGAGGAUGGUGUUUCCAGAAGUUCGACUUACAUCAGUUAGGGUGGUGUGGCAGCCACCCACAAGCCCAAACGGUAUCAUAUUAGGCUACCAGAUCUCCUACCGCCUCAGCAGCAGGGACCCUCAGCGAUGGACCACAGUCGAAGUUGGAUCCAACGCUCGCCAGUUUACAGUCACCGGCCUUUUCUCGGAGCAGACCUAUGAGUUCCGACUUACUGCUCGCACCGCAGUGGGCUGGGGGGAAGAACAAGAAGCUUUGGUUAUUACUACAGAACGUAGAGAACGUCCCCAGCCACCCAGGAAGUUGUCUGUUCCACAAGAUGGGGUUGAGUCUCGUCAAGCCCGCCUUCACUGGGUGAACGGUGGCUCGGGCUCUUCCCCACUGAGGUACUUCACCCUGCAGAUCAAAGAACUACCCAGCGGGGAAUGGAAAACACACACCGCUGACGUCCCGCACAACCUGACCAUCUGGACUGUUGACAGGCUAAAGCCCUUCACAUCGUACAAACUACGCAUGCAGGCCACCAACGAUGUAGGAGACAGUCCCCUGAGCAAAGAAACGGAGCCAAUUACAACACUUCAAGAUGUGCCUGAUGAAGGUCCAGUCAUCCUCGCAGUGAAACCGACAACCACGACCUCAGUGCUGGUGCAGUGGAAGCGUCCUAGUGAUGAAAGCAUUAACAGGGUGCUGAUUGGGUAUCGGCUGUAUUAUAAAGAAGUCCCUGCAAACGGCUCCAUUUUCACUGAAGACCAGAUGUUCAAAAACACCACCACCAGUGGCCUUGUUACGAAAGCGAAGAGCACCUUUAAGACAGUGAGCAGCUCCUCGCUUACAGAGUUCGAGCUGACACAGCUCAGGAAGUUCAAACACUACCAGAUUGUUAUGACGAGCUACAAUAUAGUUGGAGAAAGUCCACCUUCCGCCCCAUUUGAAGUGUUUGUUGGAGAGGCGGCUCCGUCAGUGGCCCCGCAGUCUGUCAGAGUGUCAGCCGUGGCUCCGACCAUCCUCGAGGUGACUUGGGACACGCCUCCCCUUGAGACCCAGAAUGGACUUAUCCAAGGAUACAAGAUACACUACUGGGAGCAGGACAAACAGAACCAGAGUGAGAAGGUGAAAGUGGUUUUUGUCCCAGACACCCGGGUUUGCCUGACCAACUUGACGAGCUACACUCCUUACCUGGCCACGCUGACGGCCUUCAACACAGCUGGUGACGGCCCUCCCAGCGAACCCCACGGGGCCAAAACCCUGCCGUCGGCUCCCAGUCAGCCGGGCUACCUGACCUUCUCCGAGGUUACAGGUGAAAGUCUCAACAUGUCCUGGGGAGUGCCGCUCACUCCUAAUGGACAGCUGGAAGGCUACAGGGUCAUCUACCAGCCCACUGCUCCUGUGCAAGGAGUCAGUAAAGUGGUGACAGUAGAUGUGAAGGGCAGCUGGCAGCGAUGGCUGAAGGUUCGGGACUUGACCAAAGGAGCAACCUACACUUUCAGUGUUCAGGCUCUUACAGUCAGUUACGGGCCUCCUAUACACGCCAAUAUCACUGCACAAGCCGUACAAGGCACACCUGGGUCACCCGUGGAGAUGUCCAUCACAAAGACGUCUUCUGUUGUUACUAUCAACUGGUCAGAGGGAGAGGCGGGAGCAGCACCGGUGUCUGGAUACGUGAUCGAGGCUCGGCCCUCAGAUGAAGGGGUGUGGGAGUCCUUCGUCAGACUCCUCCCUCCUGACAGCAGGUCUGUGUCACUACCGCUGGAGCGCCUGAGGUCGGGGAUCAGUUACGAGUUCCGCGUCAUUGCCAUCAAUCACUAUGGUUAUGGACAGCCAAGUACACCCACAGCUGCUCUUGCUGCGCUGGCCGAGCGUCCGUUCUAUGAAGAGUGGUGGUUCCUGCUGGUCAUGGCGCUGGUGGGACUCAUCCUCAUUCUGGUCCUCGUCUUCACACUGCUGCUACACGGGCACAGCACCAAGUACAAAUCCUGCAGCGCAGCGCUGCUGCUGCCGUCUCUGAGGCAUAUGAGAGGCAAAAGAGGGAAGCACGUGUCCACAGCAGAGGAGACUGUGACACUGGACAACGGCGGUUUCACUGCUCUAGAACUCAACAGCAGAACCCUGAACACCAAGAACUCCUUCCUGAAAAAGAACGGGACCAGGUCUCCACCCAGGCCCAGUCCUGGUGGACUUCAUUACUCAGAUGAGGACAUCUGCAACAACUAUAACGGAGCCGUGCUCACGGAGAGCACCACACUCACCGAGAAACCCACUGAGGUCUCUGAGUCUGAGUUAACGGACAGCGACUAUGAAGACGAACAACCUAAGCACUCCUUCGUCAACCACUACAUGAGUGACCCCACCUACUACAACUCCUGGAAGCGGCAGCCCAAAGGCCUUAAAGGAGUCAGAGCUCCUUUUGGCUAUGAGGAGUGUGCUACAGCAGACGCAGAGCCCUACUACCAGACCGUAGUCACCCAGCACAGCACGGGCGGCGCGUACACGCCCACGGGGCAGCCUGCGCACACGCAUGUCAAUCCCAACACCAACCCUCCAGGGUCACGCACCCCUGUCACAGGAUUCUCCUCCUUUGUUUGACUCUCCAGAGAAAAUCUGCACAAAAUGACGCACACACAAACACGAUAUGAAGGAGUGGGGGUGGGGUAGGGGGUGCAGUGUGUGUUUUGGACUUCAGGAGGGAUGGGAGGAGAAGGAGACUGAUGUGUCAGACAGGAGGAAGGGAGGAGGAGACGUGGGACAGACUGCUGAUGAAACACUCGGUUACGCCCCGAAGAACUACAUGGACACUUCUCGCUCGCCUUCUCCCCUCGUUCACAAAGAUCCUCACUGUGUCGACGACCGCGUCUCACUCUGCCUCCAAACACAUUUUCACGCCAGCCUCUCUCAUCAAAUGUUCACGGUUAUUCCAAAGACUCUCUGGCGAGAGAGAGCGCACGUUUGCGCGGCGGUAUGGUAUGCGUGAGCGUUUGUGUAACUGUAGAGGACGUGACUUCAGUGGAACAGUGGAACCUGUCAUUUCUGCUUCUUAUGUAUUUACACACAUUAUGUACACAAAUUCUCACGGACAUUCGUGUUUCUCUCGCUGGCAGCGAGAAACAUCAAGGUUGAUAAGAAUUCGUGAGACGGCACAAACGGGGAGCAGCUUUUCUUGUACACAAACGUGGAGCUGUCAGCUUUAAAAGACACGGAGGUGGCUGGAAUCGAUAUGACAGUUCUGAACUGAGUAGAGGAUGAAGAGGAGGCUCGGGGGGGCGGGGGCGUAGGAGGUUCUUCAGCACUCACAGCAGUGUGGUUUAUGUGGUUUCUGAGAGCUACAUGUGAUGCUCACUUUGGAAGAUAGGGUAACCACAUUUUUACUGUCUUCUACGUCAUCAUCACUCCUCCCAAGCCAUAAUGCCUGCACUGAGCCGAACCCAAACAU